CCCCUUUUUUUCUUCCGUUGCGGCGUCAGUGUUGGUUUCAGUGUCCCAGGUGUGAGGCACUGUGCCACUUAGAGCCACGCUUGUCCAGUGCCAUCCUCUUCGGAACCGCUGCUCGUUUUCUUCGGAAGUGUCACUGAGAGGGGAUACUCGCCUUUAGAUAUGUGACGCCUUCCACACCGAAGGAUCAUGGCGUCAAAAGCGGAAGAAGCAACCUGCAGCAGGGGGGCGGGGGGCAUACCCUCCCCUAUCCCUCGUAACCACGCCCCCUCGACCCGACCCCCUCUGCCACCCCCUCCCCCGGCCUCUAGUCAGAAGCCCAGGCGGGGGGGAGGCCGCCCCCUUCACGUGCGGGGGGCCGAGGAGGGGGGGCAGCCCAGUGACACGACGAGGAAACUGGCGAGGGUCAACCUGGUCGUUGCAGCCGUGUUGUUCUUGUUGCAGCUGAUUGGCGCAGCCUGCCUAUGCCGUCCUGUGGUUAUCAUGGCCGGACUGUGGGUCGCCAUCUUGGUUCUGGCACAGGCUAUCUUGGCACUGCACACAGCCGCUGGCACUUCGCACUCGUUAGUGGUAGGUCAUGCAUGGCUCUCCGGCAUGGUGUGCCUCAUGAACCUGGCAGCCGCUGGUUACCUUUUCUCAGGACAUCUGACGGUGGCCUGUGUGUCGACCUUUCACAGACUCGAUCAUGCGUCGGUGGUACGUCUCUAUGUGGUUGAAGUGGUGGGCUUGGUGGCGUCCCUGCCCUGUCUCGCCGCCGCCGUGGUCGCUCUCCUGAGUGCCGCCCUCGCCGCCCGUGCCGCCUGCCCGCCCAAGACUAAGACACAAACGCCCCUCGUACUAUAUCUCCCUCGAUGGGGCGAACAAGGGUAUGGCAUGAACGAACAGACCAUCAUCCAAUCAGAAGCCAGAUCACCGCUUCCUCCAGCCCCACCCACUUCGCCACCGGCCAAUCACAGGGAAGACAGGGCCAAUUCCCCGCCUCCUUCUUACAACCGAUGCAGGAUCUAG